AUGCGCCCCUCGCUCGCCCCGGUGCUGCUGGCGCCUCUCGCCGCCCUCGCUGCGCCCGACGUCCUCGCCAACUUUGAGCCGGCCGUCGCAGGCCAGCAGGCCAAUGUAUACGACUUGAUGCCCACGGCCCCGCCACAACUGAACCCGGAGCUCCUCAAGAGACAAGGCAACGCAUGCGCCAACAACUACUUCAAUUGCGCGGGUCUGGGAGCUCCGGGACUGUGCUGCCCCCGAACAGCAGUCUGUUCAGCUGACCAAGCUGGCCACGUAGCGUGCUGUCCCCAAGGCGCCGCCUGCACAGGAGCCCUCGGCGCGGGCCGCCCCACGGCAACGGUACCCUUUGUCACGGCGACGACGACCAACGGCCCCUUUGUACAGCAAACCAAUGGCGCGAACCACGGCAGCACGGUACAGAACCAAUUCUACCCCUUCCCGUACAUACCGACAACUUACAAAGACGCAGCUGCCUGCUCGUCCGCUUAUACAAGCUGCCAGAGUGAUGCUGCAAGUUGUACAAGUGCUCUUGCCAAUGGCGCCGCUGGUAUAACCAUAUCCGCUCCCAAUGGCGGGGCCACCAUUACCGCCAUUCCAAGCGUCGGCCUUGCGUCGGCCCAGAGCAUCUGCUCCAGCCUCAGCAGCCUGGGCUGCUCCCAGUUGACUGUCGAAGCAUGCCAGGCCUUUGACGGAACCCGGAAUGCCGCUUGGCGCGCCCCCUGCCGCGAUUACAUCAUGACGGCUGGAGUCGCCCUGGGCAUUGCAGGACAGCUUCUGACAUGA